GUAGGGGGCGGGGCUAGAACACAUAGGGCUGCAAAAGUGUCAAUCAUUGCGGAAUCGAACGUAGGAUGUCGAGGCUCUAACCUGUAUAGCCCUCCCUUCCGGUGCAUGUUGGGGCCCCGCCCCUUUAUUCAAAUCUAUUUCCUGAAACUAGAGUUUGUACGACCAGCUCUGUGUAUAAAUUCCUAUGUGCAGCUGGCUGGAGGUUCCUGUAUAAUCAUUAUCAAGGAAAGACAAAAUCCUGUGCCAAGAAUCAGACUCACGAAGAAAAAAAUGCCUAAGUGUAUGGUCAAAGGCUGCAGCAACAAGCAAAGACAAAAUGGUGCAGAUUUUUCACUGCAUGCUUUUCCUAAAUCACCCACAAAAAUAAAAACGUGGCUUUUGGCCACUGGAGAACAUUUUGAUAAUGUGGAUACCUUUGUGCAGCAAAUCAUGGAAAAAAAGAAGAGCAACACUUUCCGAAUCUGUUCUGAUCACUUUUGUCCAGAAGCAUUUGCAAACACCCCAGUAAAAAGGUAUCUAAAAUAUGGAGCUGUGCCAUCCAUAUUUCCCAAAAGCAAAGGAAUGUCAGGAAUGUUCUCAAAAAAGAUUAAAAAGUCACCAUCAGAGGAAAGUGUAUUUGCAAUGGAAUUGGAUUCAAGUCUGGCCGAUGUCCAACAAGUUAUUGUUGACUCUGAUCCUUCUACCUUACAUCAGUCAACUUCCACAGUGAGUGGGACUGGCACUUCCAGUUAUCUAUGUGGAGUGUUUGACCAUGACUAUAUUGAAAACCUUUACUACACAAUGCCUGUAAAAAAUGUAUGUAACCGAGAGACAAAUACUUCUAUUGUAACAUUUAAUAGAAGUGUUUCCACAACAAAUUACUAUGGACGGAGAAAUGCUUCCACUCAAACUACAGAUUUACUAGACAAAAGACAUGCAAGAACAUCAACUGCAGAUUUAUACAAAACUAAAGAUGCAUGGACGUGGACGGGUUUAAGUGAAGAAAUGGAUAUGGCAACCCAACCGCAAGUCACAAGUGUGCCUUCUAAAGAGGUUAAAGAUUUCACAGAACAGAUUUCUGAAAAGUGCUUGAGUGAUGAAGAACAAUCGCCAAAGGAAUCACCUAUACAUGAAGAACCUAUGUUGAUUGAUCCAGAAACUGAGACUACUGAUAUAGGAGAAUUGUCUCUUUCAAACUCACCUUCUCCAGAAGAUAUUGUGUCAGAAAACAAAUUCAUUGUCUUUGAAACUUGCCUUGACCAGUUAUUGCGUGCCGUACAACGAUGUAAUUUUGGUGAAACCUGCAAUGCCCCCAUAACAAACAGGGAGAAAAAAGUCACUGGGACAUUGUUGACAGUUUACACAACAUGUGCAAAUAAUCACCAAUGUCUAUUUUGGCAAAGUCAGCCAAUGAUUGGGAAAAAGUCAUGUGGUAAUAUUUUGGCUAGUGCAUCCAUAUUAUUCAGUGGCUCACAUUUUUCAAAAGUUAGUGAACUUUUCAAAAUAUUUGGCGUCCCUUUUAUUUCCAAAUCUGUGCACUGUCUGUAUCAAAAGCAAUAUUUGUUUCCAACAGUUGCUUUGCAUCAUAAAAGAGGUAGACAGGACAUCUUGGCCAGUCUAAAGAAACGUGCAGUGUGUCUUUCAGGAAAGGGGCAAUGGGACAGACUGGGUUUCAGAGACAAAUACUGCACGUAUGCACUAAUUGAAGAGUCCACCCAAAAAAUAAUAGAAUGUAAUACCGUUCAAGUAUGUGAAUCAACCUCUUCUGUUGCUGUGGAAUCAAAAGCCUUCCGGAAGUGCGUGCAACAGGUUCACAGGGAUGGUUUGAAAAUUGCUUACUUGGCAACAGACAAGAAUCUUGGGAUUAAAAAAAUAAUGAGGGAAGAAUAUAACAAUAUUAAACACCAGUUUGACAUAUGGCAAUAUUGCAAAAGUCUUCAACGUAAACUAUCAACUAUUACAAAACAAAGGCACUACAGAGACCUUGCACCCUGGAAUACAGCAAUUGUCAAACAUAUGCGUAUAGCAUGUUGCACGAGCAAAGGUAAUGUGGAAUUGCUUCGUGAAAGAUGGAACUCUAUACUUCAUCAUAUUGUAAAUGAACACAAAUGGGAUACAGGAUCUCUUAUAAAAACAUGUGCACAUCCAGAAAUUCCAGAGACCGAAAUAAGAAGACGUCACUGGUUAGACAAAAAUAGCUUGGCCUAUGCGGAACUAGAGAGAUUUGUCAAGGACCAUCAACUGCAAAAAGAUUUGGAGCAUAUGACUGAGUUCUGCCAUACAAGCAAUGCAGAGGCUUUUCAGAGCUUUGUUUUAAAAUAUCGUCCCAAUGGUGUUAAUUUUUCAAUGGAAGGAAUAGUAGCUAGAACAAAAUUGGCAGUUUUGUCUCACAAUGCAAUUGUUGACCGGAAGCGAGCAAUUAUUCAAAGAACUUGUGAAGGAACAGGCAAUACUAGCCGGCCAAACAACAAAUCUUAUGUUUCUAAAAGAAUGAAAAAUGGGCAGCUGAGGACAAUCUAUGAAACUGCAACAGUUGACCACAUCAUACCUAUGGUUGCCGAUGUCAUCAGACUUGCAGUGGGCGAACUUGAGGUGACCUGGGUACCACAAAUAUCACUUCCACCUGCCAUUGAAUCCACACCGUGUCCUUUAAUUCUUCCACAACAAUACUUCCUCCUUACUCUUACAUGACAAAUCCAUAAAGAAAUAUGCUACAUUAACAUUGCUUACAGAAUCAUUUGUCUUAUAGACACCUCAAUUUUUCUUCUGAACAAGAUGUUACCAUGGACUCUGGUUUGCACUGGUUAAUUUUUAUGUACAUAUGCUGCAUUUUAUAUUAAAAAUGCAGGGGCUUUUGAGUAGUGAUACUCAAUUGAAAUGUUCAUCUGAAUUUCUCAGACCGGUUGCAUACUAGAAAAUAAACAGUGUAUUUGUGCUUCCAUGUGAAUGCACCUUAUAGUCAAAUGCUGUUUCUUAAAUUAAA